UAGCGGUUACUGGAAAUGACACACGGGAGGCGGUCGAAAGGCAAAUGUCCAAAAAUAAUGUGCUGUAGUUAUGAUUCACCUGGAAGCCACAUUUUGAUCAGAUUUAUAAAACCAGACAACACUUAGCCUAAAGGGUCUUUUCAGUAAUGGGACGCAGUAUCAAACGGUCUGAGAGAAUAUCGUUAAUGUGUUGUGAAGCCCGGUUGUGUGUUGAUUCCGUCUACCAGUCCGGGUGAGCUGCUGCUGUAUCGUGGGACGACCGGGAUCAGAGCGGACGGACGUGGUUCUGUCCAUAUCCACACGAGUAGAAGUUUAGCGCCGUGAUUAUUAUUUUUGGCCGGCGUGUUAGUGCAAAGAGCCGCAUCUAUAUUUCCCUAAUGAAAAUUACUCUUUGGAAGGGUUCCCGGGUCGUGACAGAGAUGAUGUCGAGUAAAAGUGUGGAAUGGCUUCAAGAGGAACUUGAGUCCGGGCUCGGGGUGAGCUCGCUACUGCUGCUGGACUGCCGAUCGCACGAGCUCUACGAAUCUUCACACAUAGAGUCGGCCAUCAAUCUGGCGAUUCCCGGUUUGAUGCUGCGGAGACUAAAGAAGGGGAAUCUACCGAUCAGGUCCAUCAUUCCUAACAACGAGGAUAAGGAGACAUUCGUAAAGCGGUGCAAAACGGACAUGAUUCUUCUCUACGACGAGGCCACUACGGACUGGCAGGAGACCGGGCUGGUGAGCUCUGUCCUCGGCUUGCUGCUGCAAAAGCUCCGGGAUGACGGCUCCAAGGCUUUUUACCUGGAAGGUGGAUUCAACAAGUUCCAGACAGACUACCCAGAACACUGUGAGAUCAACCUUGACUGUUCCUGCCCCAGCAGUUCCCCGCCUGCGUCCGUCCUGGGGCUGGGGGGGCUGAGGAUCAGCUCUGACUGUUCUGAUGGGGAGUCAUCGGACAGGGAACCUGUCAGCGCCACCGAGUCCGAGGGCAGCCCUCUCCCCAACAACCAGCCUGCCUUCCCGGUCCAGAUCUUACCAUACCUCUACCUGGGCUGUGCCAAAGACUCCACCAAUCUGGACAUCCUGGGGAAGUAUAAUAUUAAGUACAUCCUGAACGUCACGCCCAACCUGCCCAACAUGUUUGAACACGACGGAGACUUCAAGUACAAACAGAUCCCCAUCUCCGAUCACUGGAGCCAAAACCUCUCGCAGUUUUUCCCAGAGGCCAUUUCUUUCAUUGCAUUGGACGGGCGCUCUAUAGGUCGGGUUGCCCAUAACACCACUCCCAUCAACCUACGUGUGUCAGGAAAUUACAGCGAGACCAUUCAGUUCCUGCUCAUCAAGUACCCCCAGAUUCCCAUGGUGUUGGGAUUCUCCUGGCUCCGGCGACACAACCCACUCAAAAACUGGUCUACGGGUGCCAUCAUGGGCUUAAACAGGGAGCCUGAGUCCGCUGGUGAUCCGCUUGUCGACGAUACCUGGAAGUGGGAAGAUCUGCUCCAGCUACGCCGACGGCAGAUGGGAAGAGCGGAGGCUGAUACCCCAUGGAACAUUCGAAGGGGAGAGUCCAGUGGCCGAGCAGGGGAAAGUGUUCCUGGCAUAUUCCACCCAGACCAGAUGCUGACUCCAGGUGGUGGUGUUACCGGCAACGAGACACCGGAGUGCCGGCUCCAUGUCUUGAUUGGCUCGCUCCGACUGGCCCUCUCUACUCUGACUGACACCCUGACACAGCUCUCUACUCUGACUGACACCCUGACACAGCUCUCUACUCUGACUGACACCCUGACACAGCUCUCUACUCUGACUGAGACCCUGACACAGCUUUCUACUCUGACUGACACCCUGACACAGCUCUCUACUCUGACUGACACCCUGACACAGCUCUCUACUCUGACUGACACCCUGACACAGCUCUCUACUCUGACUGACACCCUGACACAGCUCUCUACUCUGACUGACACCCUGACACAGCUCUCUACUCUGACUGACACCCUGACACAGCUCUCGACUCUGACUGACACCCUGACACAGCUCUCUACUCUGACUGACACCCUGACACAGCUCUCUACUCUGACUGACACAGCUCUCUACUCUGACUGA